AUGGUGCACCACAGCCUCGUGCAGUCGGCCUUCGUCGUGCUCGACGACGGCUCCCUCGCGAGGCCGUGCGACGUCUUCACCGAGCUCCACUCGGGAGGCGACAGCGACGCCGAGGAGGGCCCGCCCCGGCCCGCGGCGGAGACCGGCAGCGGCACCCAGCAGCCGGACGGAGGAGGGCACCAGGACGCGCAGCCGCCGGGCCAGCGCGAGAGGCGCCCGGACAGGAGGGCCCGGCCAGGCGCCGGCGCGGGGCCCUGGCUGCUGCCAGGGUACCUGCGGCCCUUCCGCAGGCUGCUGCUCGGCAUCGCCGGCCCCGCGGCGGGCAGCGCGCAGGGAGCACCCAAGGUGCACGUGGGCCAGCCCCCGCCCGCAGACGCGGUGCCGCUCUUCCUGCAGGCGGCGCUGAACGAGCCGGAGCUCGCCGACGUGGAGUUCACCCUGAGGCCGUGGGGCUCCCCACAGGAGCCGCAGACGGUUUUCGCGCACCGCCUCAUCCUGGCGGCGGCGUGCGAGCACUUCCGCACCAUGUUCACCAGCGGCUGCGCCGAGUCUUGCGGCGUCGGCGGGCGCGCGAAGAUCGACAUGCCAGAUUGGGUGACGAGGAAGCCGCUGCUGUGGCUCCUGGCCUACCUGUACCAGGGCUACGACCCUCAGGCGGCCCUCCACGCCGCCGCGCGCCUCGAGGCGCGCCUGGGAGCCGGGCGCGGCCUGGACGAUGCGGGGGCCAGUCGCCGAGCUGGGCUUGUGCGCGUCACGAACGGCCGCUUGCGCGCGCCGCGCUUCUUGGACGAGGCGGCCGGCGAGGACCUUUGCUGUCUGCUGCGGCUGUGCGAGUUCUACGACGUGCGCCACCUGAAGCAGUGGGCGGAGCACCGGCUGCAGCAGCUGCUGACCCCGGAGAACCUGCUCGCGCUCUCCACGCACGCCUACUUCUGCCGCGCGUCGCAGCUUCUUGAUGUGUGCGUUUACCACAUGCAGCAGGUGUACGCCGAAAUCGCGUCCACUGAGGAGUGGCGAGAGCUGGAGCCAGCCAUCCGAGACCUGGUCCUCGCCGACCGCUCCGCGCGGCAGCCCAAGGUGGCCCUGGCGGUGGAAUGA